UUUGUCAGUGUAAUCCGUGGAGGUAUGCGAGAAACGUGUGAUGGGAAUUCAUUUGAAUGGAUAAUUAGUUUAAAGUUGUUGGAUCGGGUGAUGAUUAUCAUUUAUAAUUCCUCGGGUGAGUUUAAGAUAACAUCGAUUUUUUUGCGAAUCGCGAGAAUUUGGUGCGAAUCCGAGUUUCGUCAGAGUUGGGAGAGGGUGGGAAUAACGGGGCGAAAUGGCGGGAUUUAAAUCAGUUUGACUACGACUGAAGCUCUUCGAGGGGAUUAAAAUAUUUUACAUUUGACUCACCCCCUCCCUCACCUCAUAAAUCACCUGGAUGUGCGAAAAUAUCGUCCUUCAACACAUCCUGGCAGCGCUAUCAGCCCCGACAUGAGUAUCUUUUGAUGAUGAACAUGAAAUUGUUGGUAAGAACAGGUUUGUGAUUUUUGUAUUCCCCCCACGACUGAUCGAUUCCCCCGGGAAUACCCCCCAUUCUCUCAAUAUUACCCACAAAUGGAGGUAGAUUUAUGUCAAGCACGUGCGAAAUAUCGUCCUCUCAUUUUGCCUCAUGCUCCUGUCUACCAUCGACGCCUCUGGAAUUUAUCCAGAUGCUGUAUCCAUCGACUCGUGAAUGGUGAACACUCUUGCACUCCCCAAAUCACAUCCACCAAUAUGUUUCAACUCAAACUACCCCACCCAACAUGAAUAUUCCAACACCUUAUUGGCCUAUCCUGGUUACAAUCACAGUUCGGGCUCGACAGGACUCGGUUAACAGACAAAAAAAAAUCACGUGGAAAAAUAUUCCGUAAAUAUUACGGAUCCAACUGUUCCGUCACCGAUUACGGAAUCAAUUGGGGAAUUUUACGCAACAGUAUCAUAAUUAUUUCACAGUUCAUUCAGCGAAAAAUCACGAAAUUUUCAAGAAAAAUUCCGUGGCAAUUGCGUAAAAUUCCCGAACAACCGGAUUAUUCUCCAGAAUUUCUCCAGAAAAUUACGGAAAAUAUCGGUAACUUUUCGGAAAUAUUUCCCUGGAUAUACGAUGUUCGUAUUUGACGCACAUCACAACCAAUUGAAUAACAAAAUAAAAUAUAAUGUCAUAAUAUGCAAAAUUGAGGAGUCAAUAAUUUUAAUUAUUAAAUGGGACCUCAAGGUCAGGCGAGAAAAAUUCUUUUCAGACGAGUCUUGAUGGAUCGGAGCAAUAAAUUUAUUUCUGGGGAGUCAUUUUAUUUAUUUGCACUUGCCAUUUCUCAUUUUUUUCCACUCAAAAUGUGAUAUAUAUUGUGUCUGGCUUCUGGAGCGUCGCGCAAUCAUGUUUAUCGCGCAUUGUACCUGCUCGAGAUAACCCCGCCUCGCGCGGUCUUAUCAAUCCCAGAAAAGAUUGGUCGUUCUGAGGGGGAAAAAAUAACUCAGUCUAUCGCGGUGGUCGUGACAGUCAACAUCGUAGUCAACACAAGCGUCGGACAACCGGUAAAAUGUUCAAAUACCGUCUCCUACCAAUCGGCAAAAUUUCCGGGAGAAACGGACACCUCAAGUACGCGAAGAAAAUCAUCAUUCUGAUGGUGCCACUGGCACUGAUGUGGAUCACCCUAAUGCAAGUGCUGAAAUCGAUGACUGAAACGUUCGAAAACGAGUGGAACCAGGCCAUCAAGAACGUAACGAAUGAAGAGGAGACACGUGACUCUUGGAGAAUUCCGGAUGUCAAGGACUGGCGAAUAUUCUCAGCUUAUUUAGAGACCAGACCGGAAGUGGUUCUUGAAGAGGAUGAUAAGCUAAUCUACUCUGGCAGUGCGUGGGCAUUCGUCAGGCUAAUCGGGAUAAUUCCGGUAUCAGCCGUCACCACUGAAUUGACCUGUAGCUUCCGCUACCCCUCCACCAAUCAUACCCCCAGCAUCCUGAAGAAACCAUCAAUCAGAACCGAAUUAGUGGCAUUUGAUGAGAAUUUCGGAAUGUACUACUGCGCGGCUUACAUUCUCUGUCCACUUCCGCAACCAAAUGAAGCUCAUCCGGCCAGCAUCCGAUUGCCAUCCGCUGUGACAGUAUCGAUCACCCUUGAUCGAUCCAUCAACACCCCAGACUCCACCACAUUCGUCCCAAUACGAUAUCCAAAGUCCACUGACAAUAGCCGAUUGUUUUCCGUCUGUGUCCAGCCCUUUCAUCAUCAGUAUGACAAUGCUGAUGAUCUGAUAGCCUUCAUCGAGUACUACAGGAUGAUGGGAGUCGAUCGUUUCACCUUCUACAGGGACUCUGUCACCUCGAGGGUCGACAAAAUCCUGGACUACUACUCCCACAUCAAUGUUGCUAUUGUCCUCCAGUGGAAGCUGUGGGAUCUGUACGAAUUCGAAAAAAAUCUCCGGGUGGACGGUAUCUACGCAGCUCUGAAUGACUGCUUGUACAGGAGUAUGAACGCUGGGUACAGGUACAUCUUGGGGGUUGAUGUUGAUGAAUAUAUUGUCCCGAGGCGGCAUGACAACUUCACGGAAAUGAUGGAGUAUCUCAAUCCUGGUGAUGGAUACGUUGGAGCAUGGAUUUUCAGAAAUGCUUUCUACUAUUUGAUGCACGACGAUGAUUCAGUCACUCUAUCACCUGGAAUUCCAAAGAUAAACUUCCACAGCAAGACACGAAGAUGGGAAAAGGUUAAUCCCCCCCAUGACCGGAGUAAAUUCAUAGUCCAGGGGAGGGACGUCAUCGAGUUGGGAAAUCAUCGGAUUUGGAAGAUGAAGCGAACUUGGUCGUUAUUCAGAAGACAUAAGGAGGCGGUUGUUGAUCCUGAUGUUGGCACAUCCAAUCACUAUCGUUUCUGCGAAACCGAAAUCGAAACAUGUUGGCAACGAAAAACAAUAAUCGACAGGACAACACAUCGUUUCACCCAGGAGUUGGGACGAAGAGUGGAAAAUGUUUUUCACGCUGUGUUCGAAACUAAUGGCAGAUGAAAUGUUGUAAAUCACCUGUUAACAGGAAUCGAUAACAAAAUAAAUCAAUUUGUUGGAAGUUUGGAAACAGCGGAGGGAUGAUGACGGCCUGUCGUGUCUUGCUCGUUAUGAGUUUUGCGAUGGUAAACGUCGAUUCUGGUAGUGGUCAGCAGAUAUUGAAACGAAUCGACUGUUGAUGCAGUGGAAAUUUCGGGAGUGAUUGGUUGUCGAAUGGGUUAUAUUGAUCUGGACUUGCGGUGAAUGAAAAUUGGGGGGAGUGAGUGUGGGGGGGGGGGAGAAGGAGGACAGAAUCGAUGUCUGGGACGUUUGAACGUCUGGUCAGCCAAUUUUCCCAAAUGAUUUUUUGGGAAAAUUUGUACCUAAAUUGUUUGCCAUUUCUCGAGUUGUGGGGCAAUAUGGGUUGCUAUUUAGGGGUUUGUAAAGGGAAGUGGAGUUUGGCAGGGGACUUGAACGAAAAGGGCAACGAAAGAGAAUUUGAUAGCAACGAAAACAAGGGACAUGAUUUGUAACUCAAAAUUGAGUCUACAUUUGUGGAUUUAAUUUGGGGAGAAAUUAAUGAAUGCAAUUUGUUGAUGAUUCGAGUAUAAUCGAGCACUGUGAUGAUCUAUUGUCGACGAUGGUACAAAUUUGUAACGAAUUUCGGUUGAAAUAAAGAAUACAGAAACAA